AUGUCUCGAGAGGCAGGCUCGUGCCGUGUAGGCGCUGGGGCAAGGGCACGGUCACGGAAGCCUAAGAAACCACACUACAUCCCGCGGCCCUGGGGCAAACCCUACAACUACAAGUGUUUCCAGUGCCCCUUCACAUGCCUGGAGAAGUCACAUCUCUACAACCACAUGAAGUACAGCCUGUGCAAAGACUCCCUCUCACUGCUGCUCGACUCCCCUGACUGGGCGUGCCGACGUGCACCCCCUUCACCCAGGCCCCGGGCACCCACACCAGACCACCCCGGAGGUCUCUCGGACCCAGGCAGUCAAUCCACCAUGUCCAGUCUCGUGGUCACUGACAGCCUCUCCCGGCGCCAUUGUAGUGGGGGUCCCAAGCCUGGAGCUGAGGGGUCGCCAGGUCCAUUGCCCCCUCUGGCUAGGGCUGUCCGGAAGGGUCCAGGCCCUGGUGGACUCCUGGCAGAGUCAUGGAAGCCAGGGCUGGGUGGUGGUCUGAGGAACACAGCCAUGGGGGUCAUAGGAAGUGUGGCUUCAGCAGGUCCUGAGAGCAGUGUUCCCUGCUACCCACCACCUGCCCCGGGUGAGUUCCCUGAGGCCCAGAGUCUCCACCUAUCAUUGCUGGGCGUCAACUACCCCCUCAGCCCUGGCCUCUUCUCUUACCUAGGGCCCUCACUGGCCGCUGCUGCCCACGUGCCCUUCUUAGCCUCAGCCAGCCACCUGCUGCCCCCUGCUUCAGCCUUCUCAGGUCCACAGACCCCUGAGCGCCCUGCCCUUGCCCCCCGCCUGUUCUACCCACUACUGUUGGAGCACAGCCUGGGGCUUCCAGGUCGGGCUGCCCCUGCCAAGCCCUCUGCACCCCCUAAGGGGCCCCCUGGAACUCUGGCUCCUGGGCUGCUGAAGGUACCUGUCCAGGGGCUGGAGGGGCCCUGGUCCUAUGGCAUGUCCAGAGAUCCAGGACAGGAGGGAGAGCAGGAACAAGCUGCUCAGAGCCAUCCCCAGAGGAGGCUGGCUCUGGGGAGCAGACCAGAACUACGGAAGGCCUCUUCCAGCCUGGCAAAAUUUGGUUCCCAGAGCAGCCUGCUGACUGGCUCAUCCCUGAUGCUCUGGCCUGAGGACGAGGAGCCAGGUGACCCUGAGGCCCCAGGCUGAGGUCCCCUUCCUCAGCAGCCACAAGGCCCAAUGCUGGGAAGCCCCAGGCCUGUGGGCGAGGACCUGACCCAGGUCCUCGGUGACUACGCCAGGGUGGAGCAGUGCCUGGGGCAGUUGGCACCAGCUGGGGGCCUGGCCCCCCGACCUCUGCGGGAGCAGCUGGGGAAGAUUCGCCAGGAGCUGCUCACCAUCCACCAGGCUCUGGAGCGGGCAGCACAGCCGUCAGACACACCCCUUGACCUCUCUGUGAAGCGGGUCCCAGCCAAGGGAACCGAGGCACCUCCAGGGUCUUGGGGGCCUGAUUCAGGCCCCAUGCUGGCCAGGGGGACCCCCGAGCCUCCCAGUGUGCUGAGUUCUGCAGUUCUUGAGCCCUUUUCGGGCCAUACCACCAAGUGCGAGGCUGACUCCAGCGUGCCACCACCUGGCCUCUCCCUCCAGGUCCCCGAGGACCCUGUCAUUCCUGGCAGUGGCUGGAGUACCCGUCUUGGGACUGGGGGCUCUCAGACCCCUAAGGAUGCCCCCGGCCUGAAGAGUCCCCCAGGUGCUGAGUGUCUCCAAGUGUCUGUUGCACUCCGACUUCUCAUGCUGGGGACCAACCUGCCCUCCUGGUGUGGGUGGCAGGAGGGUGACCCAGCCAGCAGGUCAUCUUUCCCAAGGUUUGACCCAAAGGUGCCGCCUGGAGCUGCCUCUGGUUGUGAGGAGCCCAGAAGCCCUCCUUUAAAGGUCAAGUUUGGGCUGAUAGGCAUCUGGCCAAGCAGGGGCCGCAGGAAGAAGGUUCAGGGAGAGGGCGAGGCCUGUGCAAAGGUCCAGCAGAAAGGAGCAGUCUAUCUCCACAACAGAGGCCUGAGCAGGAGCAAGAACAGGAGCUCAGUUCCAGAGGAGCUGUGUGGGGAUGACUGGUAUGAGCUUGUCACCCCCAAGAGGGAGAGGUCCUGUGAACAGCUGCAGAGAAGCUCAGACUGUGACACUGCCUGCCCACCUGCCCUGGCCUCCCAUCCCUCACUCCUUGACCUCCUAGACCUCUCCUACUGGUGA